AUUUAAGUUAAGUUCGUUAUUGUCCUUGUUCUAUCACGUUUUUAUUUUGUCAAAAUUUCUGGAACCAAAUAGGAAUUUUUGUUAUUUUUAUGUAAUAGUACCAUCAAAUUUAAGUUUAGUCAAUUUAACCAAUGCAACGUUGGUAAAUAACACACAAAAAGGCAACUUUGGCAACACUAAAUCAUGUGCAACAAUGGAGAAAUAGUACCCCAGACACGGGGCACUCGAAGCUCCGACAUCCACGCCCUGGCCCAGCAGGGCUACAAAAUCGGCACCAAAAUUGGCGAGGGAUCGUAUGCGACUGUGAUAAAUGCCACCUUCGUGGACGAGUCUGGUCGCAAUAUCAAUUUGGCCUGCAAAGUUAUCGACAAGGAUAAGGCGCCCGUUGACUUUGUCGAAAAGUUCUUUCCGCGUGAAAUGGACAUAUUGACAAAACUGGAUCAUCCCAAUAUCAUUCAGAUCCAUAGCAUUUUGCAACGCGGCCCCAAGAUCUUCAUAUUCAUGCGUUUCGCCGAGCGAGGCGACCUAUUGACCCAUGUCAAGAGAGUGAGCUUCAUUGAGGAGAAGCAGGCCAAAAUAUGGUUCUAUCAGAUGGCCAAUGCGUUGAAGUAUUUACACAGCUUCGAUAUUGCCCACAGGGAUCUCAAGUGCGAGAAUAUAUUACUCUCCGAACAUUUCAAUAUCAAGCUAGCCGAUUUCGGUUUCGCCUGUUUCUGUCAAAGCAACAACGGCAAUCGUGUGUUGUCCGACACAUAUUGUGGCUCGGCAGCCUAUGCUGCCCCAGAAGUUGUCUAUGGAAUGCCCUAUGAUCCAAAACUGGCCGAUGCCUGGUCAUUGGGCGUCAUACUGUUCAUAAUGUUAAAUGGCAAGAUGCCGUUCGAUGAUGCGAAUCUGUCCAGACUCCUGGAGGAUCAACGCUCCAGAAAGUAUGCCUUCCGUCGCAAGCUGCAUGACGUUAUCUCGCCUCAUGCCAAGGCAACCGUUGCCGUCCUGCUCGAUCCCUGUCCGGAGUCACGUUGGAAUCUGCGCGAGAUUCUCAAGUGCAGUUGGCUGCUGAUGGAAAGGGAGCGCCCACAAAAGGAGCACUUGCCGCCGCCAAACCAACAAUUGCAACACGAACACCAACACGCACACGAACACGAACACGAACACGAACAAGAACAAAAACAACAAUAAUUUAUAACAAUUUACGGCUACGAAUUGUCUUUUAGCCAUUCUAGCUAAAUAAUUCGCGUUUUGUACAUAGUUUUGAUACCACGAAAAGGCCACGAUAAAACUUACAUUUAUCGAUAGCUCAUAGUUCAAUAACAUUGCAUUAUCGCA